GCUCUUGCGGCAGACGCGGCGCUCCAGGGAGGGUUCGGAGAGAGACCCGCGAUGGACAGCGGCGGGAGGGCGCAGAAAAUCAGCACCGGGACAACCAUCAUGGCUGUGGAGUUUGACGGAGGGGUCAUAGUGGGCUCUGAUUGGGUCUCUGCAGGGGAGUCGGUGGUGAACCGCUUCUACAACAAGCUGGAGCGCCUCCAUGACCGGAUUUACUGCGCUCUCUCGGGAUCAGCAGCCGAUGCCCAGGCCAUCGCGGACACGGUGCAUUACCAGCUGGAACUCCACAGCCUGAACAUGGACAAGACGCCGCUCGUCUUGGCUGCGGCCACCUUGGUGAGGAACAUCAGCUACAAAUACAAGGAGGAGCUCUCCGCCCACCUCAUGGUGGCAGGAUGGGACGCCAAGAAAGGAGGGCAGGUUUAUGGGACAAUGGGAGGCAUGCUAACCAGGCAGCCCUUUGCCAUUGGGGGAUCGGGAAGCACCUUCAUUUAUGGCUACGUUGAUUCUGCCUACAAACCUGGAAUGAGCCGGGAGGAAUGCUACCAGUUCACCAAAAAUGCUAUCGCCCUGGCUAUGUCCCGGGACGGAUCAAGCGGGGGUGUCAUUUAUCUCAUCAUCAUCACGGAAGCUGGGGUCAAGGAAGAAGUUGUGCUGGGAGACGAGCUCCCCCAGUUCUAUGACAAAUGAACUGGAUCCCUCUCCCCUCUUUUUAAGCCAAUAAACAUUACAUGUGGAAUUGUA